UAUAAAAAAUCUCUCUCAAAAAUAGAGAUGAUAUGAAAGCGAAAAAAUAUAAAAGAAGAAUUACCUUACAACCACGCUUUUUAUCUGAUGCUUGUUUUCCUAUGUAUGUCCAUUACUACUAGCUUGGAUUCGAAUCCGCUGCUCUCAGUUUCACCAGAUCUAUUCACUGUUAACUUGUUUUGAUUGCCAAUGGCGUUUAAGCGGGGACUAUCAAAUGUCGGCGUCCACCGGAACCGAAGUGCUGGAUCUCGAUUGCCUCUUAUGAUUCUCGUUUUCCUUUCAGUUCUCUCGCCACUUGUUUUCUUCAUCGGCCGAGGGCUGUAUAUUUCUGAUCAAAAUAGUGUUCUAAGUGAUUAUAGCAAACAGAAUGUUGAUUGGAGGGAAAGGCUGGCAUUGCAAUCUAUCAAAAACCUUUUCACUAAAGAGGUUAUUGAUGUUGUCACGACAAGCACGGCUGAUUUGGGGCCACUAAGUCUUGAUUCUUUCAGAAAAGGCAAUUUGUCUGCAUCAUGGAAAGUUAUUGGGGUAGAGACUUCAGAUGAGGAUAAUGCUACUUCUCAGUCAAACCAAAAGGCUGCAGAUUUGAAACAAGAAAUAGCUCAAGUUAUAAUUGGAAAGGUUUUCAAUGAUGAUCAUUCACGUGAUACACCUGCUAAAACACUUCGAAGGCAACUUAGAGAUAAUAGACGUGAGAAGCGGGCAGCCGAAUUGGUGCAACAAUAUGAUGAAGCUACUGUGAAACUUGAAAAUGAAGCCAUUGCACGAUCCAAAGCUGUGGACUCUGCAGUUCUGGGCAAAUACAAUAUAUGGAGGAAGGAAAAUGAGAAUGAUAACUCUGAUUCCACAGUGCGCUUGAUGAGGGAUCAAAUUAUAAUGGCAAAGGUUUAUUUAAGUAUAGCAAAGUUGAAAAAUAAGCUUGACUUGCAACAAGAACUGCAGAUUAGGCUCAAAGAGAGUCAGCGUGCCUUAGGAGAGUCAACAGCUGAUGCCGAUCUACCUCACAGUGCACCCGAGAAAAUUAAAGCAAUGGGCAAAGUUCUAUCCAAAGCAAGAGAGCAAUUGUAUGAUUGCAAGUUGGUCACUGGAAAGCUCAGAGCAAUGCUUCAGACAUCAGAAGAACAAGUUAGGAGAUUGAAAAAACAGAGCAUGUUCCUGAGCCAAUUAGCUGCCAAAACAAUUCCCAAUGCGAUCCAUUGCUUGUCGAUGCGUUUGACCAUAGAAUACUAUCUCCUUCCCCUAGAGAAGAGAAAGUUCCCUAGAAGUGAGAAUUUGGAAAGUCCAAAUCUAUACCAUUAUGCCCUCUUCUCUGAUAAUGUCUUGGCUGCAUCAGUUGUUGUCAACUCAACUAUCAUGAAUGCCAAGGAUCCUUCGAAACAUGUUUUCCAUCUUGUUACUGAUAAACUUAAUUUUGGAGCAAUGAACAUGUGGUUUCUGUUGAAUCCCCCUGGAAAAGCCAGCAUUCAUGUUGAAAAUGUGGAUGAAUUCAAGUGGCUUAAUUCAUCCUAUUGCCCUGUCAUGCGGCAGCUUGAGACAGCUGCAAUGAAAGAGUAUUAUUUCAAGGCAGAUCAUGCAACCACAUCUGGAUCUUCAAACUUGAAGUAUCGAAACCCGAAGUAUCUCUCAAUGCUUAACCACUUGCGGUUCUAUCUGCCACAGGUCUACCCCAAGUUAGAUAAGAUCCUGUUUCUUGAUGAUGACAUUGUUGUCCAGAAAGACUUGACUGGAUUGUGGUCUGUGGAUCUCCAUGGAAAAGUGAACGGUGCAGUAGAAACCUGUGGUGAAAGCUUUCAUCGUUAUGACAAGUACCUAAACUUCUCAAAUCCUCAUAUUUCACGAAACUUUGAUCCUAAUGCUUGUGGUUGGGCAUAUGGAAUGAAUAUGUUUGAUCUCAAAGAGUGGAAAAAGAAGGAUAUCACUGGCAUAUACCACAAAUGGCAAAAUAUGAAUGAAGAUAGAGUGUUGUGGAAACUCGGGACGCUUCCGCCUGGGCUGAUUACAUUUUACGGCCUGACACAUCCGCUCGAGAAGUCAUGGCAUGUACUCGGUCUUGGCUACAAUCCAAGCAUAGACAAGAGAGAAAUUGACCAUGCAGCAGUUGUCCACUACAAUGGCAACAUGAAACCGUGGCUGGAAUUGGCCAUGACAAAAUACCGAUCAUACUGGACCAAGUACAUCAGGUAUGAUCAUCCCUACCUUCGCAGCUGCAACCUAAGUGAAUAAUCCUGUUUUAAGUAUGAUCAUCCCUCAUUCUUUAUUCUUCUUUCGUAAUUCAUUAACUUCAUCCCCUUUAGCACUCACCCAUUGGUUCGACUUAACAAAAUUUGUGCAACCUUAACCUGUUAAGACACCCUAUGAUUUUUUUGUUUUCCACCUCCAUUUUGGAGACAAGUUGUGAGCCUGAGUCAACUGUAUUUCUUUUGAACAACGACUUGUUUUGCAGGAUUCAAUUGUAUGAGUAUUUAUAUCUUAUAAAGACUCAAAUUUCUUUGUUUUUAUAAGCAAAUUUUUUUCGCAGGGUGUUAUAUAUUUUACAGAUUAUAGUAAAAAAUUAAGAAUAAUUAAAAAAAAG